CUUUCCCAGGAUGCACCAUAAGUGACGUCACACAUAGUUACCCCAGCAUAGUGGUUUCAAAAUGGGUUUGUUGGCAAUUCUGAGAAAGCUAAAAAGUGCACCUGAUAGAGAAUUAAGAAUUUUGCUGCUUGGUUUAGAUAAUGCUGGUAAAACAACGUUAUUGAAAAGUUUAGCCUCUGAAGAUAUCAGUCAUAUUACACCGACGCAGGGCUUUAAUAUCAAGAGCGUACAGUCGUCAGGUUUUAAACUUAAUGUAUGGGAUAUUGGAGGCCAAAGGAAGAUUCGUCCAUAUUGGAAAAACUACUUUGAAAAUACAGAUAUUCUAAUUUAUGUUAUUGAUAGUGCAGAUCGUAAAAGGUUUGAAGAAACAGGAACAGAAUUGGGUGAACUUUUAGAUGAAGAAAAAUUGAGCGGGGUUCCAUUGUUGGUAUUUGCAAAUAAACAAGAUCUGUUUAGUGCUGCACCAGCAUCAACAAUAGCAGAAGGACUAAAUCUACACAUAAUACGAGACAGAAUUUGGCAAAUUCAGGCGUGUUCAGCGACGAAUGGAGAGGGAGUUCAGGAUGGUAUGAAAUGGGUCCUGAAGAAUGUGAAAAGAUGUAAAUAGUAAUCUCUAUACGUCGUGUUUCGCCAUUUGCUUUGGUGUAUGGCUCAUCUAUAUUUGUAACCAAGUAUCGUAUAAUCUAUAGGUGAACUGUAUCAGAAACACUGUUCUCAUGGAUUGCAAAUAAUGUUGUUCAUUGUUCAAAAAAAAAAUAUAUUACUUAACUGAAACUUUUCCCAAAGUGAACCCUGUCUGGAUACAAAUACUGUUACCAUCUCUAUCCUAAUUCCAUAAACACAUGUCGAUGUAAGAAUCCCACCCCAGUUUUAUUCCUGCAAAUAAUAAUUUCAAUAUGUAGCUUGUCUUGCUUUUCAUCCUAACUUGUGUAGAUUUGGUAUUGUCAUUUUGCCAAAAAUUUUAGCAAUUUUGUAUUAUUCAAGGCCAUCUUUUUUUUCCAUUGAGGUGCAACAUUUUGUCCACGUUUUUAUAAUGUCUUUGUUAAUUUUGGACCAAAUGGACAUUAUUCACUAUUUGCUUAGAUGACUGUAAACAAAAAUUAUACGGAAAGUUGACGUUGUCGCACAAACCCAAAUCACUUUUUAUUUGAAGUAAUAAUGCAUAGCUAAUACACAAAAUAAUAUCAAAUAAUAAAUCCCACUAGUGAGUAAAAAAUAAAUGGCAUAAUUUUGUCUUGGCCUUACAGCUUGCAUUUACUGAUUUGUGAUCAGGACAUGUUGGGGAAAAAAAGACUUAUUGAUAUGUAUAUAUAAGAUUGCUGUAAAGCCAGUGUGCCUUUAUGUGUAUUUGUAGUUCUUGAGAACAGUUUUCUACGUUAUAUCUGGAAUUUGCCAAUGGAAGAUCAUUUACUCUAAAACAAUAUAUUGACAUUGAAGAAUUCUGGUUCAUUGGUGGAAUUUGUCAUGAUAAAUGUAUUUUAUCUCAGUCUCCAUAUCAACCUUUUAACGGAGAUUAUUUAAUUUGAUGUAUAGUUGGUAAAUCUUAAAUAAAAUCUGUAUUAUACAGAAUUAAGUUUUAAUUAUUUCCUUGCUAAUUAACUUCAUUUCAAACCACUCUGAUUGGUAUGUAUUAAUUAAUUAAAUUGACUGUAAAAUCUUUUCCAUAAAAGAAAAAAAAUGCAUUAGCACAAUCACAAUCUUUGUAAAUGUAUUUUACUGGACCUCAAUUUUGCAAAAUUCUAUCAAUAAUGAACUGCUUGCCACAACAAUCUGGGUAUCACCUUGAUGUUUCCCUGUACCCGUCCCCCUCCAAUAUUUAUAUACAGUUGGGAAAUGUGAUGUAAAGUCGGAUUUUUACCUAGUAUACUUUUCAUUUUGCAAUAUUGAGUGCACCAUGUUUUUUCAGAAUGAUUACUGUAAACUGUUUCAAUUUUUGUAAAUUUUCUUAGUCAGUGAAGAUCAUAGCAAAAAACUUUUCCUGUUGUCUUAUGACAUGCAUUGUCAAUGACUUUCACAAAAAUUUUGAAUGCCGUUAAAUUGUAACAGUUUACAGUAUUUUGCAUAUUUAAGCUUUUAUAGUGUGUGAUCCCUACAUAUACGACAGAACAAGCGUGUCAUUAGGCAUUUAGAAUUGUGAGGUAGAUCGUGAUGUACAUUUUGAUAUAUCAAUAUGCAUAUACAGCUUGUAUUUCAUCUCUCCUUGUUAUGUGUACUUAACUGCUUAAUUUCAAGAAAUUCAAACUAGUUGUGGAUCUUUGAAUUUACUGCAGCUAUGCUAUUCAUAUUGUGUGUAAUGUCCAAAUUCAAUGUAGUGCUUUCUGAAUAAAGAAAACACGUCUUUGUCUAUAUCAA